ACUCUUCAAACUCAAUACAAAAGGCAGUUGUUUGGUGGAUUUGGAAAUUGGAACUUAGUUCGUGUUGUGGUUGUGCGGAGCGGACUGCGGAGUGGGCUAAGUAAGUGCGCAAACAGCUGACGGUCAUUUGACGUUUGUGUCAUGAGGAUGAUUCAUUGAGUGUUAUUAGUUUAGUGUUUACUGUUAAUUAAAUUUCAGAUUUUCAUUAUGUUUUCGGGGUUAUCAAAUCAAGUGAGUAGUUGGAUGGGCAGUGGGGGGAAAAAACCAGAUGAAGAAAUUCCAAACCCAAAUCCAGAAGAACAGCAACCAGUAUCUUCUUCCCCUGUUGUUGACAAAUCUCUUGGUGGCUUAGAAUCAGAUCAGAAAGAUUCAAGCCCGUCGAAAGAAGGCAGCCGACUGAACAUGCUGGGCAAUCUGGGCAGCGUAAAGAACCAGAUGUCCAGUUGGCUGGGCAGUGCCAGCAUCCCAAGCAUGCCCAGUAUGCCCAGCAUGCCCGCCAUGCCUGCCAUGCCAACUAUGCCCUUCCGCAAGAGUGACGGAACGACGGAAGGUUCUGAGGGGUUGGACAACCCCGGAGCGAGUGUUGAGUCACCUGCCUCGGAGAAGUCAGUGAAAGGCUCGCCCACUGAGAAGGAAGAAGACGACAACUCAAGGAUGGCUAGGAGUGGAGUGUUCAGUGCCACUGGUGGAGCUGACAGCGACGCUGGAGAUCUGGGCGAAGAGGAGAACCUAGACGAUAAGGAUGCUGCCAUCGGAGGAGUUUCUACAAAAGCCCUGCAAGGAGCCAAGUCUAUAGGGAGUUUUCUGUUUUCUGCUGUCAACACUGCUGGUAAAAAAGUUACUGAGACCACUGCGAAAAUCAAGAAAACCGUCGAAGAGAAUAGCCUGCUUGGAGAGUUUAACAAAGAACAAGAGGCCUUCAUCAAAGAAAAGCAGGGCAAGGGAGGAGAGACGGCUGUUCCACCAUGGGUCGGCUACCCCAACCAGGAGUCUCUUAAAGAGGAGUGUCUCGCACUGUCACAGGACAAGAGGAAUUUCAUAAGAAGCCCGCCGGCCGGUGUGGACUUCCCAUUUGACUAUGAGACAUCGUACCCGGUCGCCAUGGCAACCAUGGCUGAGGACCCCAACUUGGAGACGAUGCGAUACGAACUAGUCCCUAAAGUAAUAUCUGAAGAGAACUUCUGGAGGAACUACUUCUACCGUGUGAGUCUCAUCUGUCAGGCGAGUGAACUCAACUCCAUGGCGCAAGAGGGCAACACGCUGGAUAACCAGAACCGCACAUCAGAGCCUGCAGCACCAGCCCCCACCACCGCUCCUGCACCCCCCAGUGAAGCUAAGGCAUCGUACAGUCCGGGUCAAGACACCGAGGCGGACAGUCCCAACCAAGAGUUUGUGUCUGAUAAUUUCCGACCAAGCUCACAAGAUCUAGAGGAAGUUAGAGAGGGUAUGAAAAAGCUUGGCUUAGACCCGGCUCCAGUCAAAGAAGAGGAGUGGGAGAAGGAACUGGAAGCGGAACUGCAAGAUUUUGAGGUCGUAGCCAACGGAGACAAGCGGGACGCCCAGUGGGAGAGUCAAAUCGAAGAGAUGCUCGAUGCUGAAGAUCUCAAAUCCACUAAAUGAACAAUUAUAAGUGUUUGUUGGCUUCUUUGUGUACAUUCCCAGUUAUCAAGCUCUUGGUUUGAUGAAAAGAUUUUUAAAUUAUUUGUUUUACCUUGUUAUUAGACUGAAAGUAUCCUUUAAAAACAAAUUUCAAGCAAUCUAGACUUACUACAGCUUUAUAAAGUUUACCUUUUAAGUUGCAUUUUUAAUUUUUUUACCAUAUCAGGAAAUAUUUACAUUUUUUAUUUAUUUUUUGUAAAAGAGUCUUUUGAUCAUAAGUGUUAUGGACUUUGACUUGUUAAAUGUUGUGGUUUAGAAUCCCAGUGUCAUUAAUAAUUCGUUUUAUUCAUGCCUUUACUAUUCUGGCUCUCUUUUCUUUGCUUGGUACUUUCCACGCACAGAUUAUAAUUACGCAAGUGCAAUAAUAAAUUAGGCUGCCAGUCUCUCCCUAAAUGUUUUUGGUAUGACUAAAAUGUUCAAUCUUUGCUCUAGGAACAAUAGUUAAUACUUUUUAUUUAUCAUCAUUUCCUUGUAUUUAGUUUAAAAUUUGUAAAUAAUUACAAAAAUUACAAAAUUUAAUAAUGAAGGAACAUUUAUUUUGCAGUUUUUCAAAAUUAAUUGUUAUAAUACCCCCAAAAAUUAUUAUAUUGAAUUGAAUAUAAGACUUAUUUCAUUGAUAAUUGAAGAGAGUUAGAAAUCAUUAACAUUUACCGACUUUUGUGGAAGGUCAGUGUGGUUUGUGCAGCGUAAAUUCUUACGAGUUGUGAAUAUUAAAUUGUGAAUAUUGGUCUUGUAUAUAACUUGAGUAGACUUAUGUAGCCGUUAUUCUUCCAAUUGCUUCUAGUUUGUUGUUUUCAGUCUAGAAACUUGUUAGCACUGUGUAAAUAUAUAAUUUUACCGACGUUUAUUCUGUUUUUAUUGAAGUUUAAGUUAUCGAACAUACUGUGAUUUAUUUUUUAAUCCCCUUUCAAAAAUGUUACACCACAGUAAUGUUUCAAGAUAUUUCCUAUAAGUAUGUUUGUGUCAAUUGUUAAUGUAAAUAUUAUUGAUUAAUUUUAAAUGAAAUAUUAUUGUUACGGAAUUAGAGAUGAGUGUUUCAGUAGACAGAAGCCUCAUACGGUUCUUCUUUAAUACCAAAUAUUUAGCAAUGUAUAACAAUAACACAGUUAUAACGAGUGAAAUGAUCAGAAGGUAUAAUUGACUUCAAUAUAGUUAUGUUGUUACUAUAUGUAUGUAAUAGAAAAUAAUAAAAUAUAUUACAUGUAACAA